AGCGGGGCCGCGGCAGCGCCUCCUCGCCCGCCAGUUCCCUGCGAGCCUGUUCUGCUCCCGCCGCCGCGGUCCGUCAGUCGGUCCGUCAGUCCCUUCGCGCUCAGGAGCAGCCGGCGCGCCGGGCGCCCCGGCUGCAGGAGAGGGACGUGUGGUGUUGCUGCCGCCCAAGGGGAGCCCCUCGCCCGUCAGCACCGGCACCCCGGCUGCCCUGUGCAGCCCGGGCUCCACCAGCCUCCCUCCAGUGCUGUCCUGCGUCCCAGGCUGGUCCGCUUCAAUUUCAGCAGGGAAUGUUACUCUCUUGGCCUUCUUUCUUGGCGAUGACUUCCAUCUGCAGGUGUAACAAAGCCUGGAGUUCACAGAACAUGUGUGGCAGGAUCAUGAGACAGGUCUGGAAACUGCCUGCAGGCUGUUUUGCAGCAAAGCCUGACCAAAAGUUGGGCCUCAAAUGGGAAGAUGGAAUGAAAGAAAGGAAUUUAUAAGCAUUUGACCAUACUCAAAAUGUGCAAGGAAGAAUAAUGGAAGCCCCUGAAUACCUUGAUUUGGAUGAAAUUGACUUUAGUGAUGACAUAUCUUAUUCAGUCACAUCACUCAAGACGAUCCCAGAGCUGUGCCGAAGAUGUGAUACGCAAAACGAAGACAAAUCAGUUUCUAGCUCUAGCUGGAAUUGCGGCAUCUCAACUCUUAUUACAAACACACAGAAGCCCACAGGAAUCGCUGAUGUGUACAGUAAGUUCCGCCCAGUGAAGCGUGUUUCACCACUGAAACAUCAGCCAGAGACUCUGGAAAACAAUGAAAGUGAUGACCAAAAGAACCAGAAAGUGGUUGAGUACCAGAAAGGGGGUGAGUCUGACCUGGGCCACCAGCCCGAGGAUCUCAGCCCUGGAGAUGGACUGGGCGGCCCACCAGGUAAGAACUCUGAGCCCAGCACACCACUGGGUGAACUGGAGCACUAUGACCUUGACAUGGAUGAGAUUCUGGAUGUGCCUUAUAUUAAAUCCAGUCAGCAGCUUGCCUCUUUUACCAAGGUAACUUCAGAAAAAAGAAUUUUGGGCUUAUGCACAAGCAUCAAUGGCCUUUCUGGCAAAGUCUGCUCUACAGGAAGUUCUGAGAACUCACCAUCCAACAUGGCACCAUUUUGUGUUCUUUCUCCCUUGAAAAGCCCUCACUUGAGAAAAGCAUCAGCUGUCAUCCGCGAUCAGCACAAGCUGUCCACUGAAGAACCCGAGAUCUCACCUCCUCUGGUUAAAUGUGGCUCUGCAUAUGAAAACCAGAGUAAAGACUUCCUAAACAAGACAUUUAGUGAUUCUCAUGGUCGAAAAGUUGAGAAGACAACACCAGACUGCCAGCUCAGGGCCUUCCACUUGCAAUCCUCAGCAGCAGAAUCCAAACAAGAAGAGCAGGUCAGUAGCAUGAACUGGCCCAGCUCCCAAAGCCCAGAAGAAAGAAGUGAGUAUCUGAAAAAAGUAAAAAGCAUCUUGAGCAUUGUUAAAGAAGGACAGAUCUCUCUACUGCCACACCUAGCUGCAGACAAUCUAGACAAGAUUCACGACGAAAAUGGAAACAAUCUAUUACAUAUUGCGGCGUCACAGGGACACGCAGAGUGUCUGCAGCACCUCACUUCUUUGAUGGGAGAAGACUGCCUCAAUGAGCGCAACACUGAGAAGUUGACUCCAGCAGGCCUGGCCAUUAAGAAUGGUCAGUUGGAGUGUGUACGCUGGAUGGUGAGCGAAACAGAAGCCAUUGCAGAACUGAGUUGUUCUAAGGAUUUUCCAAGCCUCAUUCAUUAUGCAGGUUGCUAUGGCCAGGAAAAGAUUCUUCUAUGGCUUCUUCAGUUUAUGCAAGAACAAGGCAUCUCGUUGGAUGAAGUAGACCAGGAUGGCAACAGUGCUGUCCACGUAGCCUCACAGCAUGGCUACCUUGGGUGCAUACAGACUUUGGUUGAAUAUGGAGCAAAUGUCACCAUGCAGAACCACGCUGGGGAAAAGCCCUCCCAGAGCGCCGAGCGGCAGGGGCACACCCUGUGCUCCAGGUACCUGGUAGUGGUGGAGACCUGCAUGUCGCUGGCCUCUCAGGUUGUGAAGUUAACCAAGCAGCUGAAGGAACAAACAGUAGAACGUGUCACACUGCAGAACCAACUCCAACAAUUUCUAGAAGCCCAGAAAUCAGAGGGCAAGUCACUCCCUUCUUCACCCAGUUCACCAUCCUCACCUGCCUCCAGAAAGUCCCAGUGGAAAUCUCCAGAUGCAGAUGAUGAUUCUGUAGCCAAAAGCAAGCCAGGAGUCCAAGAGGGGAUUCAGGUUCUUGGAAGCCUCUCAGCCUCUAGCCGGGCUAGACCCAAAGCAAAAGACGAAGAUUCUGAUAAAAUCCUACGCCAGUUAUUGGGAAAGGAAAUCUCAGAGAAUGUCUGCACCCAGGAAAAACUGUCCUUGGAAUUCCAGGAUGCUCAGGCUUCCUCUAGAAAUUCUAAAAAGAUCCCACUGGAGAAGAGGGAACUGAAGUUAGCCAGGCUGAGACAGCUGAUGCAGAGGUCACUAAGUGAGUCUGACACAGACUCCAACAACUCCGAGGACCCCAAAAACACCCCAGUGAGGAAGGCUGACCGACCAAGGCCACAGCCCAUUGUAGAAAGUGUAGAGAGUAUGGACAGUACAGAAAGCCUGCACCUGAUGAUCAAGAAACAUACCUUGGCAUCAGGGGGACGCAGGUUUCCUUUUGGCAUCAAGGCCUCCAAAUCCCUGGAUGGCCAUAGCCCAUCUCCCACCUCAGAGAGCAGUGAACCAGACUUGGAAUCCCAGUAUCCAGGCUCUGGGAGCACUCCUCCAAACCAGCCUUCUGGUGACCCUCCACAGCCCAGUCCUGACAGCACUGCUGCCCAGAAAGUUGCCACAAGUCCCAAGAGUGCCCUCAAGUCUCCAUCUUCCAAGCGCAGGACAUCUCAGAACUUGAAACUGAGAGUUACCUUUGAGGAGCCUGUGGUGCAGAUGGAGCAGCCUAGCCUUGAACUGAAUGGAGAAAAAGACAAAGACAAGGGCAGGACUCUCCAGCGGACCUCCACAAGUAACGAAUCAGGGGAUCAACUGAAAAGGCCUUUUGGAGCCUUUCGAUCUAUCAUGGAGACACUAAGUGGCAACCAGAACAAUAAUAAUAACUACCAGGCAGCCAACCAGCUGAAGACCUCUACAUUGCCCUUGACCUCACUUGGGAGGAAGACAGCAGAUGCCAAGGGAAACCCUGCCAGCUCUGCUAGCAAAGGAAAGAAUAAGGCAGAAAUGUACAGCAGCUGCAUCAAUCUUUCCUCUAACACGCUGAUUGAAGAGCAUUGGCGUAACUACGCACAGCAUAAUGACAUCAAUAGAAAAAUGAAGAAAUCCUGCAGCAUAAAGCACAUUGCUGAGCCAGAGUCAAAAGAACUCUUUUUGUAAAUCACUUUUUUAAUUCCCUCACUGAUGACCUUUGGACACUAUUGGAAAUUUCUGGACUGUCCUCGAUGGAAAGAGAACCAUGAGAACAAUGCCACACCAGCAGAAGAACAGAAUAUGCCUUAAAUUUAUAGUAGUAGACUAUAAAAGAUUCAUUUUGGGGUGAUAUCUGUAUAUAUAACUUGUUUUUUAAAGAGAUGCUGUUUAAAAGCAUGAUUGGGAAAAUAUGUUUUUUUAAGAUUAGAUUGAUUCAUUCUAGCCACAGGACAUUCACCAAGCCACUGAUGCCAUUUUGUAUUUCAUCAAUUGCAUGAGUAUUUGCUAAUAUUCAUUGAAUGUCCUUUUCCCCACAACGUGGGCAGAUUUGGCUCAGCGCCUUCAUGAGAUCAGGUCGGUGGUAUUGUUUUCUGUCAAAAGUGUUUUUUCUGUCAUUUCUACUUUUUGUAUAAAGGAAAUAAAACAAUGUUAACAGCCA